GUUUCUUGCCGUUUGUACGGUUUACGCGUAAACUAUUCGAUCAAAACUGGAGUUUUUAUGAAUAAAAAACCGUUUUUUCUCGUCAGAAAGUGUCUAGAAUAGUGUUUCGGGGCUGAAUCUUCGUGUUUUCGGUGUUAUUUUCCUAUUUGGAGUCGAAAGUGGUGAAAAAAACUCACCUGAGAGGUGUAUAGUUUGACGGAUCCUCGCUGUAAAGUGUUUUGUUUUGUUACUCUAGCAUUUGUUUUCGGAUAUUCGUUUGUUAUAAAGGAUCGCGCGGUGCGCUGACUUGACUGCGGGUCAUUCUUCGGCGUUCUUCAACUGUUUUACGAUGUUGUUUCGGUCUUUUUAGAUCGCGAUUGGCUCGAUUUGCCCGAGACUCCGGAGCGAGUUUUCUUCUUUUUUUAUUUCUUUGAUUUUCUUCUGUCUUUUUUUCUUUUAUUAUCUCCUCUUUGCGGUAGUAUUUCUCUGGUGUAUACCGUGCGUUCGGGAAAAGGGUGCGAUAUAGUGUGAAGUGUGAUUGUUUUUUCGUCGGAAUGUGGUGGUAUAUCAAAGGAUUUGGAUAAUAUUACCUGUAUGGAAGAAUAUAGCCUGUAUUCAUCAAAUUAGAGAGCUGGCUUAGGUUUAACCCGUUACGUGAUUGAGGCAAGCUGUCUUUGAUGAUAGACGAUAGAUGCAACUGUCAAAGCUUGGGGGAUUUGGAAAAAUAGGCUUUAUUAAAAGGAAAACCGAUAGUAGUACCGAUGCAGCACCGCCACCACCAUCCCCAGCCAACCCCGUUCCCGGCCUGAGCUCGCAAUGACGUCACAGCACCCCCUCAACCCCCCAUCACCACCCCCUCCGCCUCUACGCCCCUCGCAGGGCCGCCGGACGAAGAACACGAUGGCCACCGCCGCCUGCGACCGUCGUUCUUGCUCUUCAGCUGUUCAGUUUGUUGCGCCGCGUCAGUUCGGUGAAGAUGGCGGCGCUGUGAAGAAGUCGCAUCAGCGUCGCAACAUCAAAAGCAACAAAAAAUGCCGCAUCGUCAUGAAUCGGGAUGAGUCCAGUGGCGUGUCGUCUCCGAAGGGAUUUAGUGACGAUGAAAUAAUUAUUAAUAAUAAUAAUAGUGUUUAUUCAGUGCGACUAUGUGCCGUGAGUGAACAAGCACCGCAAAAAUCUGUCUGUGAUCCUUUUUUUAAAGACUGUUUACGUAAUUUAGAAUUAUUAUCGUGCUUUAAGUUAUUCGUGUGCCUAUUUAACUGUUUGGUCGGCUCGGUUAAGAGACGGAGCUGUGCCGUUAUGUUGCUGGCCGUUUCGACGUUUGUGAUCGGUGGGGUUGAUGGAUUCGCGAAUGAGUUCGACAAAACCGAGCAGUUUUUGGAUAAAAUUAAUCUGGAGCAGAGUAUUGCUGCGGUGUUCAACAAGGUGGCGUACGGGAGUACGACGAAAAGAAGUAUACCGGAUAAUUCGUAUCCGGUGACCACUUUGGCAACGCCGCUUCUAACCACGUACAGAUAUUCGGAUGGUUCAGACGAAUGGGCCCGAGUCGACCUGAAAAAUCGCGAAGUAGGCCUGGACAACCUGGACAGGUCCAACGUUGAAUUCGAGCAGCCCAACUUUGAGCCAGAGAACAAUCGCAGGGACACAGAAGGCUAUGGAGCCGACCUGGAAAAGGAUCACGUGUUGCCGACCUCAGCGCCCGCAGCGGACAUACUCAAAAACAACAAUAAUAGGCAUUACGCUAACCCAAACAGAUACAACAACGACCGAAUACGUCCAGACCUGAACUCACCUAAUGAACACGUCACCGAGAACAUCUACAAGACCACAACCACCUUCAACAACCUCCUCCGCAACGUCAAACCAACCAAAUCAAUGUACGGCAAAGCCUCUCCAAGUUACGUCCCUCCAAGUCGCGCGUUAUUCACUCCACCGUUACCACCGAACCUUCAAAAUCCGUACGCAGACAAACCUACACUGCGAGGUACAAAUUCUGAUAGUUUUGUGAACAGAAGACCCAUUCCACCACCAAGUCUUGUACCAGCAAAGGACCGGAUACCUUUUCGACCAGAUUUACCAAAAGUGAACAUAGAGAAGGCUCCUGCACGGCCUGGAGGUAUUGAACGUCCUUCAAACGUAAACCACGCUAACAGCGACUCAAAAAGUGAAAAGAAGAAGAGUUUGAACACUCCGAGCCAGAAUGUGCGCAUCGGUGACUUUUAUGGCAACAGAAACGCCAACGAAAGUAACUUCGAGUACGAAAAAAUCAACGUUCCUAGCAUCACAAGGAUUUUAAGCGGUUCAAACGGUCGUCAUGAUGAUAUUCCUGACGUUUUAUUACGGACAGUAACUGCAACACCUAACAUAGAAAAGUUUGAACCCAAAGUAACCAAAACUCGAGCACCCUCGGCUGAACCCAGCUUAAAAAGACAAGACCUGGAAAAACCAGAACUGCCAGAAGAAACACCUGAGGUACCCAUCGAAUCCAAAACAAUAUCCAAAGAAGAAGUACUAGUCCCUGACAACGUACGACCUUCCAUAGACCGAUCUGAGAGUGUGACAGUUAAAAAAGACUUCGUUCCUAAACAGGAGAAGAAGAACGUUUACGUUGAAGACGUGACAACGCAGAUUUCUGACAGUGUCAAUUUACCAAACGUCAAAGAGAAACAAACCAAUGUUACUGCAGUAGGUUCUGAUGAAAUAUGGUUAAUCUGCUGGAACGUUCAUGUGUAUUUGGUGGUUGUAGGAUACGUCCUUUUGGCAGCUUUUAGUAUCUACAAACUUAUACGAUAUGAAAACGACCCUCAUAUGUUCUCUAAGAGUUAUUUCUUAACUAUUCACUUGAUGCUCACAGUUAUAUGCGUCCUGAGGAUAUUUUACUUGAUAUACGAUCCAUAUAACUACCGAAAAAGAUUCAAUCCGUUCCUAUACGACUUUCUACAUAACUUUCCUUUAAGUCUUUUAGCAACAACCUUCGCGGUACUGAUUCUCUUUCUCCUAAAACGUACACUAACUCACUUGGAGGUAAAAACCAGACCAGUAGUUCUUGUUGUAUUCGCCUUGUUACAUAUAGUACUUUGUUUCUGUCUGAGUAUCUUUGAAACACUGGGAUAUUUAGAUAAAGCAUCGUUCACUAUAUGCAAAACUGUCUUUGUGCUACUAGCUUGGGCUUUAGGGUUUAGCUACUUGUACCUGUACAGGAUUAUAAAAAAUGUUCUGGCGAAAAAGAGUCAGAAUUUGAGCGAAAUGUGUACUCAGAACAUCUCGUAUGCUAGUCAUAUAACAAUUGCAGUGGCUUUACUGUUUAUUUUGUUGGGCUUGGUGCAACUAUACGCCUUGUUCUUCAUCAAGAACUUCACGUUUUCCUCUCAGGAAUUACCUCAUCACUGGAUACUUUGGAGUUUUGAACUGAGCGUUAGGUUUAUAGAGAUCUCUAUAAUUACAUUACUGGCGAUCGUGGUGAGUUUGAGAAUGUCCCAACGUGAAAAACAGGCUUCUGGAGGCUUUCCUCUGUUCCCCUGCACCACCAGUGAUUCUAGUACAGACAAUAUCUUUCCAAACAACUGUAACACCAACCCAAACGCACUGAACUACAGUAGACAAGAAAUGAUACAUGAUAACAUCCCUACUGAACCUGUAGAGCGACCUAACCUCCUCAAGAACGCGUUCCAAAACGACUCGUUUGAUAAAAGAAGUACCUUGGAACGAUACCAGAGCGACUCAGAACGUAAUUCAAACUUCGAUAGAUUCGAGCGUCCUAAAUGGGGCUCAGAUCGUUUUGAUUCCCGUCAAAAUAUCGACCAGGGGAGUCUGAGUAACUUUGGACAGCCUAGUAGCGGGAAUUUCGAGCGUACCGGUCAUAACUCGGUGCAUAACUCGAUGAGGAAUGAAAGGAGUAGCGCUCGGAAACAUCCAGGGUUUUAUACGAACAAUGAGGACUAUCAAAACGAUGUUUUGGCUGGUUCUGAGAGGAAUAUAUACAGUGAACCGAUAGAUAACCCUGCCGGGCACCAAUACGAGCGUACUAGACACGAAUUUGAGAGAAACGACUUUGAAAGGAGGUCAAGGAACUCUUCGAAUACCUCAGGGAGGAGGUCGACAGGUCGGGCAAGGAAAAACCAUCCUAGACCUCAUCUAGGGAUUCAAACCUUGCCUAAUCACGAGCGCGGGCAAACUAUGCUUGUUGAUGAGCAAGGGUUUGUUCGUUUCAAGGCAAUGAGGGAUCAGAAUCACUAUUCUGAUGCAUAAUGUUUGUUUCGGGCAGGGAAGAAAGGUGCUAAAGGAGAGGUGUUCCUGUGAAAGGGAGUUUAGAAAGUAAAUUGAGUUUUUUUUGGUUCGAUUUCUGGGGUGAAAAUACGUUAAAAAUAUUAAAAUUUUCUUUUUAAUAGAGUAUAAUUUUGGGUAGUAUGGACUACAAUUUUUUAUUUUCCCGUAAAUUCAUAAAUAAAAAUGUUUCUAAUCUCAAAUUUUUAGAAAUGAAUAGCUAGUAGUAUUAUUUAGAAGUGUCUCUCCUGUAAGAGUUUUAUAACAAAACAGAUAAUGAAAAAAAUGGACUGGGUGUUCCGAAUUGGAAACUUGGACAGCAUAUUCUGCAGAUAAAAAUAAGUAAAAAUGUUCGUAUA